UUUCGCAAAAAAUAAAAUCGGAAGGGAAAAAAAUGGUUUCUGAGAUGAGUUUGAACAGAAUUCGAAUCCAAGAAAAUUAAAACCCGAUCACAACGACAAAGGUUUGGUUCUGGUUGCGGUUGGGCUGAAACUGAAGAAAAGACUGUAGAAGAAAGAGUCCAUAACGAACAGGAGCAGUGUUUGCUCUGCUUUCCUACCGCGGACCAACACAACUCCGACGUCUCUUGUCUUGCUCCCCGGACGCUUCAUAUAAUCAACCGCAACACCACGGCACGCCGCCCUCGCCGCGCGUGCUUUCCUCGCUCUCAACGCCGUCUCGCCGUGUCCCUCCAACACCACGACACGAUGUCGUCCACGUUCAACGGCGACGAGCUCGCCCCCUUCUUCGGCUUCAUCGGCGCCUCCUCCGCGCUCGUCUUCUCCUGCAUGGGUGCGGCGUACGGCACGGCCAAGAGCGGCGUCGGGGUGGCGCACAUGGGCGUCAUGCGCCCGGAGCUGGUCACCAAGUCCAUCGUCCCCGUCGUCAUGGCCGGCGUGCUCGGCAUCUACGGCCUCAUCGUCGCCGUCAUCAUCACCUCCAGCAUCAACCCCGUCGCCAAGCCAUACUACCUCUUCGACGGCUACUCGCACCUCGCCUCCGGGAUCUCCUGCGGCCUCUCCUGCCUCGCCGCCGGCAUGGCCAUCGGCAUCGUCGGCGACGCCGGAGUCAGGGCCAACGCGCAGCAGCCCAAGCUGUUCGUGGGCAUGAUCCUCAUCCUAAUCUUCGCCGAAGCUCUUGGACUCUACGGUCUCAUCGUUGGAAUCAUACUCUCCUCGCGCGCGGGCCAAUCUCGUGCAAAUUAGACUCAGUUCUUCCCAACAAUGCAUCCCUCGACACGCUGUUUUUCUUUAUCCCUGUACUCUAAAACUCUCUUACUAUAGGUUUGUGAUUUGAUGGAAUCGAAACU